CAAAGUUGGGCCUCCAAGCCCGGGAAGUAUGAGUGCAUGGUGGUGUUGUGAAGAAAUGAGUUGGAAGUGAAAGCAGAAGCAGUUGUUCCUCCUCACCAUGACUUCUGCUCCUUCGAAACUCUACGCAGAUGACGUGAGUCUCCUCGUGGUCACGCUAGACACCAAUCCCUUCUUCUGGAGCACUUUCCCCUUCCCCUUCGCCGACUUCCUCUCUCAAGUACUCGCCUUUCUCAACUCCAUCUUGCUCCUCGGCCAGCUCAACCAGGUCAUCGUCAUCGCCACCGGAUGCAACUCCUGCGGCUACGUUUUCGAUUCCACCUCCGACAAGAACCACGGUUCCACCACCGGAACAAUGCCCGCGCUUUAUUCCAAUUUGCUUCACAAUCUCGACCAGUUCGUCGCUAGGGACCAGCAAUUAGCGUCGCCUCACACACCGGGAACUGUUCCUUCUUCGCUCCUGUCGGGCUCCUUGUCCAUGGCGCUUUGUUAUAUACAGAGAGCUUUUCGUUCUGGACCCAUGCCUCCUCAGCCUCGGAUUUUAUGUUUGCAAGGUGCUACUGAUGGACCAGAACAGUACGUGGCAAUCAUGAAUGCCAUAUUCUCUGCACAGCAUUCUGUGGUUCCUAUAGAUUCUUGUUAUAUUGGUUCGAACAAUUCUGCAUUCCUCCAGCAGGCUUCAUACAUAACCGGUGGAAUAUAUUACAAGCCUCCCCAAUUGGACGGGCUUUAUCAAUAUCUUUCUACAGUGUUUGCAACUGAUUUGCAUUCACGUGCAUUUUUACGGCUUCCUAAAUCCGUGGGUGUGGAUUUUCGUGCCUCGUGCUUCUGCCAUAAGCAAACAAUUGACAUGGGCUAUGUAUGUUCUGUGUGCUUAUCCAUAUUCUGCGAGCAUCAUGAUAAGUGUUCAACCUGUGGGUCUGUAUUUGGCCAGGCUCAACUAGAUGCCUCAGCAGCCGACCGGAAAAGAAAGGCUUGAUACAUUAUAUUGCCUCUGAUUGAGUGCGUAACAUAUUGUCAUAUAUAUCAAGAGAGCUGAUCGAUUAAAGUUCUCUUCAUACAUACAUGUAGCAUAAUUAAAUUUUGGCGUCAAAUUUCUUUUUCGUCUGCCUUGUUGGGGGAACUGAAGUUUGUUAUGGGAAUUAUUGUAGGCCUAUAAAAGUCAGCAGCGUCAUGAUAGUUUCGUUAAUUAUUUUGCACGAUCUCUCCAUAUUGAGGCUGCAUAACAGGCAUUUUUUCUGGAAGUUUCAUUCCUUUUGAAAUUUCUGAUUUGCAUUAUGUUCACAUGGUCGACUGAGCUCUUUUCUUUAA